AUGUGGUGGCCAAAGGCGGUUGUCACUAUAGUUGAUAUUAGGAAAGACAGAAUCUCUUGCACCUUCAACUCUAAUGAGGAGAGGGAAACAAUUAUCCGAGGCGGGCCAUGGCUAUUCAAGGGAUAUCUUCUAGUGAUGGCAGAGGCUGAUGGUACUACAAACCCCAAGCAUAUCCCACUAUCGUCGUAG